GACGGAAGACCUCUCUCUGUCUCUCUCACUGUAACUCUGUCAAAGAGUGAAUUGGUGGCGGGAAAUACUGAUUUUUACUAGUCUUUAUAAAGACAAUUUUAUGGGAAAACAAGCCAAAAGUUUCCUUAUGCGCUGUCCUCUCGGUCGGAGGACGAACUCCUUCAGGAGGUUAGCAAUCUUCAGCGUCUCUCCGAAGCCUGGGAACGAAUCUGCAGGGCAGCACCCCAGGACUCCCACUCCCCAGCAAGGCAGCGCGCGGGCGCCGCCCACGUGGAGCACGCCGGCCGCCCGCUCGGCCUGCGAUUGGUCGAGCCUGCCCGGCCGCGGGCAAAGGCGCAGGCGCGCUCUUUUAAAGUCACCGUGGAACGUCGAUGGACGCAGGCCACUUCCGGCGUAGCCAUGGCGGCUAACGCUACUACGAACCCCUCGCAGCUGCUGCCGCUAGAGCUUGUGGAUAAAUGUAUAGGAUCCAGAAUUCACAUUGUGAUGAAGAGUGAUAAGGAAAUUGUUGGCACCCUUCUUGGCUUCGAUGACUUCGUCAAUAUGGUAUUGGAAGAUGUCACUGAAUUUGAAAUCACACCGGAAGGAAGAAGGAUCACUAAAUUAGAUCAGAUUUUGCUAAAUGGAAAUAAUAUAACAAUGUUGGUCCCGGGAGGAGAAGGGCCUGAAGUAUGAGCAGAUUUCCUUGACUUACGCUAGAUUCUGUGUUGUCUUCUGGUGGCAACAACACUUUUUUUUUUUAAUUUUUUAAUGUUUAGAUCCCAUAAAGCUAAGUUUCCCGUUCAAGGGAAAUGCUUUGAAGAUAUAUUGUAUACCCAUUUUGUAAGUUAAUCAUGAUUAUUUUGGAAAAAGAAGAAAAGAGUUUGUUUUUUGAAAACUAAAACAAUAAAGGUGUCUUUGGUUAA